AGUUAUGUGGUUUAGCUUCGUGUUCGAGCAUGAAUGACUUUUUCCUGGGCCCGAAGCGUAUCUGAGUUACAGAACAUAUGUCGAAAUGGAACCAGAGAUGAAGCUCUUCACAUACUACUGAAUAAACCGGAUUCAUUUCAACAGUCAUUCAAGGGGCAUCAGUUAAUUCAUGAAGCUGCAGAGUACAACAAUGUCGAGGUAUUAGACUUGCUUCUCUCCCGAGGAGCGGAUAUUAACGCAUGUACACAGUCCAACAGAACGCCGUUAAUCAUCGCUGCAUCUAAAGGUUAUGAGGGAAUCAUAGAAAAACUUAUUGAUUAUGGGGCGGAUCCUUUUAAGAAAGACGCAUCCCAAAAAACAGCUCGGACCAUAGCUUCGGGUCAUCUCAGCAUCUUUUCGAAAGCUUCAUGUGUCGAUCAGCUGCUUAGAUAUGAGUUUAGGUAUGCAUGUUUACGGGGAAUGUUACCAAAACUGCGCCAACUUUUUGAGGAAGACAAGGAAAAGUUGUUGCCGAUGAUAGAGAAGGGACUUAACUUUGCUUCAUCUUAUGGACAACUAAAAACCGUAGAGUUAUUGAUAACAGAAGGGGCCCGGCAAUUAGCAGAAAAUGUGUCGCACGCAGCAAUGAACGGUCACUUACUCACAGCGUCAUAUCUCAUGAUGUGUGCUCAGUGUCUCGCUCUGGAGUCAACUGCUGUUCAAAAUCUAACCCUAGAAGGUCGGAUAAAAGAAUACGGUGUGGAUGUGGACGGUGCGUUUGCUGGAGACAAUAUUUUAUCUGAUGGUCCCACUGAGCUGUUUUUUGACAAGAGUUUUGAUCUGAAAGUUCCCAUAAAACUAAUACUGGAGGGUAAAGGAAGGUCGAAUGGAACUGACGAGGACACAGAGGAUUGUAUUUAUCACUUGCUCCUGACCAAGCACGACUUUGACCACUUCUCCCUCAAUUGGGAUGACUUGGGUCUGCCGUACAUUGCUGAUUCCUGGCUUAGAUCUCUUUCUGCAAUGCAUGUCGUAGAGUUGGAUUUGAGUUAUAAUGAUAUUGGUCCUACCCUUCCUGACUCAAUCACUGCUAUGAGGGAUCUACAGAAGUUCUCCUGCAACAGCAAUGCUCUGAGGGAACUACCUCAUGGCUUGUUGGAAAUGCCAAAUCUAUGCUACGUUAAUGCAUCGUCGAACUCCCUGGAACGACUGUUCGUGAGAGGAAACAUAUCUCAAUCACUGAAGAAUCUUAACCUGUCCAAAAAUCUUCUCACCAACCUACCUGAACAGUUUAGAGACAGUUCCAUACAAACACUGAAACUGUCUAACAACCAAUUUGACUCUUUUCCAGGAUGUAUCUGUGGAAUCACGUGUAUGUUACAUUUAGAGAUAGAUAACUGCAAAUUCACUGACAUCCCUAAUGAACUAGGUCGCCUUGAAGAGCUGCAACACCUCGAACUACCCCGGAUCUCUCGACUCGACAACAUUCACCACGAACUCCCAAAAACGGGUAAAAUCCUAGCGUACCUGAAAGAGAAACUCUACUCCCUAAAACCUCUGUACGAGAUGAAGCUGAUCGUGGUGGGCAGGGAAGGCCAAGGAAAAACAACCCUGAUCAAGCGACUGCAAAAAGAAUACACCAGCAACAAGAAUAUCUCCACUGUUGGAAUACAGAUCAGUAAGACAAGGUUGCAGGGAAGUGAGGGGACUAGGAAGCCGUUCGGUGUUGGAGGAAGGACCCUUGUUUUCCACACCUGGGACUUUGGAGGGCAGCAGGAGUACUACGCUACUCAUCAGUGCUUCAUUACCCCGGCUACUCUUUACAUCCUCGUAUUCUCCCUAUCAUCAGGUGUGAGUGCUACAGAAGAACUGCGUGUCUGGCUUGGUAACAUCUCAGCCAGAGCUGCUGGCAGCUCCGUCCUCAUUGUAGGCACUUAUUUGGACAAAGUCUCUGAAGCGGAAUGUAGGACACUGUUGAAGGAAGUCAGUGAGAAGAUUCAGAGAUGGGGGUUUGGGAACGAGACGAACGUUUUGAUACCUGUGAUAACGGCGGUGAGCUGUGAGCCUGAAAACGAGUUCAGGAAAACUGUAGAAAAACUGGCCGAAUCUAUUGUCAGGGAAGCAGAAAAAGUGAGAUACAAAAAGAAACUAGUCCUCGGUCAGUUGGUUCCUAAUAGCUAUCUUGCUCUCAUAGAGGAAAUCAAUAAGCUUAAGAAUACAUAUGAAAGGGAACACAAGAUCCGAACCGUGGUUCAGGAGGAGGAAUUGUGGGAGAUAAUCCGGAAAAAUCCGGCGUGUGACGACAUCGACAGCGAAUAUCAGUUCAACGCAGUCACUGAUCUUAUGCAUAACCUUGGGAUUAUCCUUCACUUCAAGGAACCGUCGCUACAAAACCAGUACUUCCUGGAUCCCUGCUGGCUGUGCAGCAUGAUGGGCCAAAUUGUUACGAUACGUGAGAAAAACCCCUACAUAACGAGCGGGAUUCUCAAGCAGCACAAAAUCAGACACAUGUUGAAGGAUAAGCGGUUCCCGGAAACCAUGUUCCCGCAGUACCUUCGCAUUUUAAAUAGGUUUGAGAUCGCGCUGAAGAUAGAUGCUGAUCAGAUCCUGAUCCCGUCACUGUUGCCACAAGAGGAGGACGUGACCUACUCCAUUCCAUCCGAUCUGGAGUAUUUCGAGAGACAGAUCUCCUUCAAGAAUCUUCCCUCGGGCUUCAUUCCUAGGAUUCUUGUCUCCACUCUCAGCUACAUACUCUCAGUUUCUAAUGAGCUUUGCAGUCCUCAGUUCGACAGGGAGCGUCAGUUCAGUGGAGAAAGCAUUUUUGAGUCAGACGGAGUGGGUAAAGCUGCCCUCACUAGAAAGAGAAGCAAUGCUAUGAGUCAAAGUUCUCGUCACACUACCAUUUCCUCUGAUAGAUUCUCAGAGUACAGUUUCGGGUCCCAGACCAGUGGCACCUCAGGAACGUCCGAUCAGGACUGCAGACUGGAAGUGGAAUAUAGCUCUGAUCUUGCUCCUACCCUUCAAGAUAUGACUCCAGUUCCUGAUCAUGAUAUUUUCUCAAAAGUAGAGGCUGCUCGAAACCUUAUGGAACUUUCUCUCGAUAUGGAUGAUAUUCUGAUCGAUGAUGAUGUAAACGGUCUAAACAACGAUAAAGAAGAGUUAAAACUUGAAGAGAACCCCGCAAGAUACGAGCUCCUGACUGAUCACUAUCUGAAGAUUUGGAGACGAGGACUAUCCUUCUCCCACCCCUAACCUCCAUCUCUUUAUUCUGCCUCUUGACGAGGAAGACCGGGAAGGGAUCAACUUUGUUGUGUCCCGGGGCUACAUGGGUCGCCGUGCUCUCUGUCACAUUAUCGACACUAUCAGCAUGUUAGUCGAGGAUUGGUAUCCUGGGCUGACUUCUGGUUUUUGUGAAAAUCAAGUGCUACAAAAGAUCCCCUGUUCGGAAUGCCACUCCCACAUUUUCACUUAUGACGAGUGUUUGCAAGUCCUGGCUGAUGGUGACGUUAUCGAGUGUCCCAACCACCCUGACUCCUUGGUUAAGCUAGCUAAUCUGAUCCCAGAUAUCUAUCUGUCAGAUCUUGAGAGGGACUCACUACACAACUACGGGGAAAUCGAGUACAAAGAGACAGCUGAGACCCGGCUUGGUGGGGGAGCUUUUGGAAGUGUGUACCGCGGGAUGUUGAGAGGACAGCCUGUAGCCGUUAAGACCUUCAACAGCUUCCCCAUGAAACCAGAAGCUCCAUACCUGGAACUGCGUCGUGAGGUUAACAUCCUCAAGAAAAUGGACAAUGUUUGCAUUGUCAAGAUGCUUGCUGUGAGUCUGAGACCUACGCAGUGCCUUGUCAUUGAAUUCGCUCCCUGUCAUGAUCUGGAACAUCAACUGAGCAGCCAAAACUCCCUUCCAAGACUCUUCCUGUACAAGGCAGUUCACCAAACAGCAUGCGCUCUAGCCUACCUUCACAAGCACACCGUAAUUUACAGAGACAUCAAACCUGCCAACAUCUUGGUAUUCUCCAUGGAAGUGGGCGUCACCCCCAACGUUAAGUUAUCCGACUAUGGGAUAGCAGGAACGGUAGGCAGUGGUGGAGUGAAGGGGUUUCACGGUACCCCCGGAUUCCAAGCUCCGGAGAUGCUUGUCUAUCAUGGACUGGAGGAGUACACUGAGGCUGUAGAUGUUUACUCUUUUGCUUUUCUACUUUACGAGGGGAUUUGUCGGAAGAAGGCAUAUACUGGUAUGCACAGGUUUGAUAUCAAUAAGAGUGUCGUUGCUAAUAUCAGACCUGCGGGCUAUAAGUCUAUCAGAAUGACAAGGUUUGGAAUGCGAAACUUGAAGAAAUUGAUGGAAGAAUGUUGGGCUCAAGAUCCUCUGAAGCGCCCUAAGAUGAAAGAUGUCGGCAAAAUGCUGAGUCACAUUGGCUACCAAAUGUUCUUGGGUCACACGAUGCCACCGAAUGCCAUCAGUGCACGAGCCACGUGCACUGUUUACAGUCAGCUUACACAAACGAUAUGGGUAGGAUCUUCUGAAGAUAAAACAUGCAAAAUCAUGCUGAUGAAAGGGAGCACCCUGGAUGUAGCGAUGCUUCAUGAUGGAGAUCUGGAACUAGGAUGCACUCUCAUAAGAGACAUAGUGGAGUAUAGAGAUAAAAUCGUAGUGUUAGCUACCUCCAAACAUUCCACAAAACUCUUCCGAUUCUGUAACGAAGAAGAGCCUGAGUUAGAAAGCAUGUCCGAGUGUCUGAGUUUUGGGAGCGGCCACCAGCACGUUCAGAACUGUCUCGCUUCCACCGACGACUUCAUAUUUGUAGGACACUGUCAUGGGUUUGUAACACGGACUAUACUGUACGAGCUCCAGGAGGUCGACAAACAGUUCAAGCUCCCCACCAAUGAUGAAGUUGUUAAGAUCCUAGAAAAUAGAUCUCGGAAUUUAGGCUGUACGGAGAGUACUGAGCAGAACGCGACUGGUAUUAAGCGGCUAAUGAAUAUGUCCAAAGUCGACGAGUUAGCUGUAGUUGAACUUAUCAUCAUGACAAGAUUUGAGCUUUUUGUAGUCUCCUCUGAUUUCAAAUCGAUAAAGCGUUACACAUUCACACAAGGUUUAGAUGAGGACGUCUGUGCUGUGAUCUCUAGAGACAAAGUUUUUUCUACCACGGUAAAUUCAACCUAUAUCCAGAUGUUUAACCUCAAGAAAGAGAGAGCAUCUAAGUUCGGGAUAGAUUUGAGAAGCGAUCAGAUCCAGCUGUCUGUAGACUGUAGGGACAUAAAAUGCACAUGUCUGGCUGCUACCAAGGAGGUACUCUGGGUCGGCACCAACCACGGAGCAGUCUUACUUUUCUCCACCAGGAAGAAACACAGUUUCCUUACUUACAUCCGACCGUGUGUUCGUGAAAUUCAGACUAUUUUACCGUAUAUGCCUAAAGACAAUCUCUUAGGAGAGGCAGUCUCGACUAUAGAAACUGAGCUGACCCGGAAAAGUUGCCCCGAACCGGCCAGGAGCUCGGAACCCCGGCAACUGAUCCACUCCAUGUCAUUCAACAGUCCAGUCCGGCAUAUCGACAACAGACACGACCUGUACAACUCCAACUACCAAGCAGGGGUAUUUGUGUGCGUGUGUGGGAUGGGCAGGUUCUCUGAAGCUUCUCACUUCCUCUCAGAUACGCCCCUUACUGAACAGGGCGACUAUCCUGAUGGAAUGUUCGCGGUGGUUCUGGAGGAACCCCCUGUUGAACACAUUAUGUCUUGUAAUCGGAUUUAUCAAGCCGGUGGAUUGUUGUAGUAUUAGUAUCUACAUUUUGGUGAUGUAGGUCGAGGUUGUUUUUGAUAAAAGUAGUAUAGUGCUCAUUUCAUUCAAAUGAUCGUCAAAUGUUCAAUUUUGAUGUUAAACAAUGUUGCUUGCGAUUGACCUCUACAUUUUGAACAAUAAAACUGUAAUGAACACUGUUUAGCUGUUAACAGAUUGAUAUAAAUUCCGUCGAUAAUAUUUCUUUUAUAACUAAAUAUUUUAAACUGUUAACUUUUUCCUGGUUUGAUUUUACAUUUUUGAAGAUGAUAAUAAUAUAGUUCUCUUAGCCUUAACAGAAAAAAUCACGUCAUUAAUACCCACAAAUCACAAUGCUGUCAUUCUCAUUAACAAUCUAAUAACACUCACGCAAACAUUGACUCUAAGUUAACGUGUGGUUGUAUUAUUCACGGAUUCGUUAAUAUAUACAACCUUUAAUACUAAUAGUUACAUAAAUACUAUUAUUUUUUGGUGUAAUUUCAAUACGAAUUCUCAUUUAUAUGUAAAAUAGUUCUUAGUCUUAGUGUGUUGAUAUGUACUUAAAAUAUUGAUUUUGACUAAACGGAUUUCAAUUUUUAAAUCGAAUGUGAUUGAUUUUGAUUGUUGAUGGAUAUAAGUUAACCGUUAACUCGGCUGCCAAUGCCAAUAAAUGUAUAUCAACGGAUGUUAUUAUUUUUGAAUAUUGACUCAUUUUUAUCGCUUGUGUAUGCUUGUUAAUGCUAUGUAGUCUUUUAUAAAGAAACCGAA